AUGUUCAAGAACUUCUACGGCCAAUCGCAGCCGCCGAGGUCGCCGUCGAAGCCGCCCGAUGCGGCGGCGAAGUUCCUCGCGCACUCGCGGAGCCUGCCGCCGUUCCGCAACCCGGCGGCCGCAGGCGGAGCGGGCGGAGGCGGAGGCGGAGCGGGAGGCUUAGCCCCCGCGCUCCCCACGACACUCUCGUCCUCCUCCUCCGCCUCCGCUACCCCGAUAUUUAACGACGAGCCGACUAGCGACAUCCAUAUCGAGAUCUUAAAUCGUAAAGGGGAGCUGCACGCAGUACUUAAUCUCCACACCUCCGUGCUCCGCGAGCAGAGCGAUUAUUUCUUCAACGCGCUCGCGAAGCGCGCCGUGCGCGACCCGAUCCAGGGCGCGACGAUCUCGCACGACGCCGCGGGGACCACCUUCACGAUCCAGGCCAGCGGCCACGUGGCAGACCCCGACGCUUACGUGUCAACCUUCCGCAUGUUUUACCUAGAAGAAGAGGAGCUUCCCGAUGAAAUUCAGUGCUUAGGCUCCGUAUGGCGCGUUCUAGAAACCCUAGUCGUUUCCUCAGAGCUGCAGUUCCACAUGUGCACAAGCGCGUGCGUGGAUUAUCUCGAAUCUGUACCGUGGAACGACGAUGAGCUGGAGGAGAUCCUACGGCUGGUAUCGCAGCUGGAGCAUCUGCAGGACGCGCGGCCGAUCCUCGACCGUCUGCCGGUGCGCACGUGGGACGAGGAGAGCAUCUCCGACGCGCUUCGGAUCCUGCUCAUCCGCGCCGUCGCGUUUCACGACAGCCGCCAGGGCGCGGGGAAGGCGGAGGGGGAAGAGCCCGCAGGGCGGGGGGCGGCAGGGGCGGGAAGGGGCGGCGGUAAGGCGGCGGAGGUGGCUCCGGGGACGAUUGAGUGCCGAGAGGCGGCGAGCGCGAUUUUGCGGAACCGCCACGAGCCGACGCUCAGUCUUAAGACCAAGAAGGCGGUGCUUAGAGAGACGUUCGUCGAUCUCCUACAGUGUCUUUGGUCAGAGCAGCGGGAGUUAAAGCGUAGAAACUCGUCGUGCACGCGCGCCGCGGCGGCUGCAAUGGCGGGAGCGGGAGCAGGGGGGGGCGCGGGAGGCGGAGCGCCGAGCCCGUCCCCGCGCACCCCUAGAGACGCUCCGCUUCCUGUUCCCGCCACGUCCCCCGCAGGGGCGCGCGGGGAAGCCUCUCCCGCCGCGCAGCAUGACGCUCCGGCGCCGUCCCCGCGCCCGCGGGGGGCGGAGCAGGCAGGAGGAGGCGCGGGGGGAUUGAGCGGUGAUGACGAGGGGAUGCUGGAGAUGGUAUACGGGGCGCAAGGCGCGCUGACGUGGCUCGUGGGGCUGAUGCUGGAAUUCGCUAUGGCGGACGAGGUCUUUAAAUGGCUUGCGACUGAUAACGAGUUCGUCUCGCAGGUUCGGCAGAGCUGCUCCCUGACGCAGCGGCAGGCUCGGGCCGAGCCUGCUGACGUGGAGGGCCUGCCGGCAGCCCAGGCGGUAGGUCCGGGAUUCGCUAAGAGCUUCAGUUUCUCGACGCAGGGGCUGGAGACUGUUAACGAGGAUGAGGGGGGCGCGGAGGGCGGGGCGGGGGAGGGGGAGGAUGGCGGGUUAGACAGUGUUGGGACUCCGGGGAAAGGGCAGGCAGGGGGAAGCGGAGGGGGAGGGGUGGGGGCGGCAGCAGCGUCAGCGGGGGCGGUCCCGCCCGGGGCACUGUACGUGGUCAAGUCAGCACUAGUGGGGACCAUGAGUGCGAUGCUAUCGAAGCGGCUUGUAGCGAAUCCGCAGCUGCGCGUGUCGUUUGUGCGGCUGUGGCUGCCCGUGCUGCUGGAAAUCUGCUCCUCCUCUCAACACCAGCAGCAGCAGCAGCAGCAGCAGCAGCAGGGGGUGCGGUAUCAGCUGUUAGGUUUUGACCUAACCCCAGAGGAGCGGACAGCGCUAGUGUCCGGAUUCAAUGAACUUGUUCUCACACUGCCCGCCCAUGAGCAACUCAACACCUACACCCUCUGGUAUCAAAUUGCCUUCUGGACAAAACAUGCCGGCCCCACCCCUCAUGCUCUCCCGCCCCUGCCGUCCCCUAUUGCCGCCGCUGCUGCGGCCGCCCGCGCGUCUCUCUUCUCUUCCCGCCCUGUGCUGCCUGAGCUGGCGAUUCCCGAAAUGGGGGGUGCGGAGGGUGGGGGCGGAGGGGGGAGAGGAGGAGGGGGGAGUGGAGCGGGGGGUGGGGAGAGGGAGGAGAGCUGGUUGAGCCUGUCGCAUGCGUACCGCAAGUGGCUGAUACGGUUGGGGAGGCCAUGUUGA